AUGGAAUCAAAUUUAAAUAAAACAAACAAUGAACAAAGUGAGCAGUGGGCUAAAUUGCUAGAUAUAUCAUCUGAUACUGAAGGAGAGCCUUCAGCGAAGCGCCAGAAGUGUCGUGAACAGCCGCCUUGGUGGUCAGAAGAACUUCGGCAGUUCAGAAACAACACUAUAGCGUCUCGGCGCCAGUUGCAAAGAGCUAGGAGAAAAGGAAAUGUGGAUGAGGUGAUAAUUGACUUGGCCUUUGCUGCAUAUAAACAUGAUAAGUUGGUGUUUAAAGUUGCUAUAGAAGACGCCAAGGCACAUGCGGAAAGAUCUGCUAACAAAGAAAGUUCUUCUGAUGAUAAGACAUGA